AGCACGUCAAUUCAAUUUAGCCGGAUAUAGAAACAGAACUAUAAUUGAUAACAACUUUGUUAUUUCGGAUAAAGAUGGCUGUAGAAUUAUCUAAAAUUUUGUUGAUCAGCUUUAUACUGAUCCUGAUAGCAUUUUUCUUCGAUCUUAUUGGAUUUGCCACACCGAACUAUGUCACGAUUGAUGCUACGGUGGUUGAAGUCAAUGGUGGAUUAUGGAAAAUUUGUACCACUACCCAAGGUGUUAAAGUGUGCGCGGAUAUUUCAGGAACCGUGGUAGAUGAAGAUUGGUUUAGAGCAUGUAGAGUUAUGAGUGUCUUCGGAUUCAUUUCCCUUCUGGCUGCAGCUGUUUUGACUGGGUUGAAAUUGUUUCUUCUCCGAGAGAUGAAGCCAGUAUUCUUUGCGGCUAUUGGAACAACAUUCGCUGCUGCAUUCUUUAUUCUUGUUGCUAAUUCACUUUAUGCAGCCAAUCGCGACGAUGUAUCUAUAACAGGAUUUACCACAAACUACGGUUUUUCAUAUGGAUUAACUCUAACUGCGAUGUGUUUUGCUGUUGUUGCUGGAAUCAUUAUGAUCGUGGAUUUGUUUAUGGGAACAAAACUUCCAAAGGUCCAAAGUAAUUGAUUUC